GCAUUUGGCAGCGGGCUCCUUUUCUAUAGCUGAGGUGGAGUCAGCCAAUGACCUGCAAGCCUGGAAAAUUUUGCAGGGCAGUUUCGCUGGCCGGCUUUGCAGAGCUGUGCCAUUUGAAUUUCAGCACAGACAUCCGCACACUGUGCUCUCCCAUUCCUGGCGUGUCUCCCAGCGCAGAGUUUAGCUGAGGCUCGGGUUCAGUUUUCCCUCCUCUCUCUCUCUCUGCAGUGACAGCUUCUCCAGCUCCGCUCACCAGCACUCCCGGGUGAUCAUGGAGGAUACCACUUUGCAAAUUAUCGAACCACCGACCGCUUCUGAGGCCUCGGAGGAGCAAACGCCUGAAGAACCCAUCAAAUCAGACCAGAUCAAUGGGGUGAUGGUGCUGACCCUUCUGGACAAGAUCAUCGGAGCAGUGGAUCAGAUCCAGCUGACCCAAACGCAGCUGGAGGAGAGACAGCAAGAGAUGGAUAGCGCCGUGACCAGCAUCCAGGGAGAGUUAACCAAGCUGACAAAGGCACACACCACCACCAGCAACACCGUCAACAAGAUGCUGGAAAAAGUGCGCAAGGUGAGCGUCAACGUGAAAACCGUCCGGCAGAACCUGGAGAAGCAAGCUGGGCAGAUAAAGAAGCUGGAGGCCAACGAAGCGGAGCUGCUGAAACGCAGAAACUUCAAAGUCAUGAUCUACCAGGAUGAAGUGAAGCUCCCGUCUAAACUGAGCAUCAGCAAGUCUCUGAAGGAGGGUGAGAAGCUGGAGAAGGAAGGCGAGGGCGAGGAGGCGCCUGUGGGUGAGGACCACGCAGAAGAGGACCACGUCCAGCUCUCCUCGGAUGAAGAGGUGGAGAUCGAAGAGAUUAUUGAAGAGUCACGGGCAGAGCGCAUCAAAAGGAGCGGCAUGAAAAGAGUGGAUGACUUUAAGAAGGCAUUCUCAAAGGAGAAGAUGGAGAAGACUAAGCUAAAGACCAAGGAAAACCUGGAGAAGACUAAGCUAAAGACCAAGGAAAACCUGGAGAAGACCCGCCACAACUUGGAGAAGAGGAUGAACAAGCUGGGCACCAAGAUUGUGACUAACGAAAGGAGAGAGAAGAUCAAGUCCUCUCGGGACAAGCUGAGGAAGUCUUUUACCCCUGACCACACCAUCUAUGCCAGGUCCAAGACAGCCGUCUACAAAGUGCCACCCUUCACUUUCCACGUCAAGAAAAUAAGAGAGGGCGAGGUGGAAGUGAAAGCCACGGAGCUGGUGGAGGUUGGUGGAGAGGAGGGAGAAAACUCAGAUCUGAUGCGCGGGGAGAGCCCCGAGAUGCACACGCUGCUGGAGAUCACGGAGGAGUCCGACGCGGUACUGGUGGACAAGAGCGACAGCGAGUAGGACAGGCUGCAGCGCGGAAGGGUUGCGGACGACGGCUGAAGACGUUAUCAUUCACAUUUCAAGAUCUCUCUCUGCCCUGGUGCCCCAGGGGAAGUGUACACGAUGCAUCUUUACUACCCUGCAGAGCCGACGCCAAUCCCCUGCCUGCUUUGGACAAGGUGUAUUUUAUAUUUUAGUUUUAGCACACAGAAAUGUUAGGAACACGGGACUGUUUUUCUUACACUGUUUAAAUCACCCUUGGAGACCAUUCCUGCCGCAGGCUGCGCGAGAGCGUUCCAGCACCACACCUGAAGACGGGCUUUGCGUGACGGGACCCGGCCCAGCUGGAGAGUGCUAAAGCCAAGAUAACGCCUGUACACCCAGGAAGCUCAAGUGUCCUCUGUAAGCCAAGACCUGAUGUCAAGAAAUCUUCCUGCCAAGCAGCCCGCUGGCCCACGCCACCCCAGCUCCCUGUGCCAGGCUGUGUGACCGUCCCCGUGAGCAGAUGGACCCUCAGUCCCAGAGCUGGGAGUAGAGGGGACUGUGAUGCACCCAGCGUACGGGAGGGAAGAGCUGAGCGAGUCCUGCUGAUGGGCAGAGCAUGGGUGAAGCUGAGCUGGUUUUGUGGCACGCAUCCUGAGGACUGCAGUGCUGCGGCGGUGCCUGGGACAGCUUCGCCACAAAGCCACCCUCCUGCCAGGGCUGCCCGUGUGGCAUCACACAGCCGGGGCCCCCUGCUCCUUGCCGCUGCGCUGGGGAUGUCCCUGUGACAGCCCCGGGGCUGCGGCAGGAGGAGCACAGGCUGCACGUUCCCCUGCUUGGGUUACAAAUCCAGUGACCAUGGGCGAGUCCUUGUCACGUCAGGGAGCACCGCAGGCAUGGGGUGCUCAGUUUGGUCCCUCCACACCCAUAGGGGUGGUGGCCGCAGGGAGCGAGGUCUGUGCUCAUUGCCCAGGGAGGGAGGACAUGCAGGCAGCGGUGCCGGAGCAGCCACCGCCGCCUGCGACUUGUUCCCACAGGGAUACGGGAUGGCUGAUGCCACGUGAGGAGGCUCUUGACACCGGUCCAGUGCCGGACCUUGGGUAUUUCUGAGCACCUCCCGAGGUCCCGCCGUGGCUCAGGCUCGUGCCCACGUCCUGCGCUUUCCUCCCCUUUUCCCGCUUUCUGCAGCUUCACUCCCCGACCCACAGCAGCGCUACGGCAGCAGCACCGCAGCUCGAGGAGCUGCCGCGCCCCGCUUCUCACACAGGCAGCGGCGGCGCGGCCCAGCCCGGCGGGCACAGGCAGCGGGGCAGGAGGCUGCGCUCCCCGGCUGCUUCACCCGGGAGCCGCCGUUCACCGGAGAGGCUGAUCCCGGGGGCAGGCGAGGGAGACCCCGGUGCUGCUCGCUGGGCUGGGCCCUGCCCGCUGGCACGGCCGCUUGCCCCGGCCCGCGCCCCCGCAGCCGGGAGGCGGCUCUUGCUGACAUAACCCAAUAGAUAAACUUGCUUUUCUUCCAAACAGUAUUUUCCUUCUUAUUGUCUAGUACAUCCAGCCUGGCCCCGGGGCCCGUGACAGUGCCUGGGAAAAGCCUCCCCGGGGUGGUCCGGCCACUGGAGCCGGUGCUCCCGUGUACCGGCCAGCCUGGCGUGGACCCCAGCCCGCGGGUCGCCUCCCCCGGACCCGGUUUUCACGAAGGGCCGGGGCAGUUGGCGUCGAGGGCACGAAGCCCCAGGGCCCGGCCGGGCACAGUGCGGGGUGAGCGUGGACGAGCCCCCGGCUGCGUCCCGGCGAGCAGCACAACUAAUAAAGUCUCUUUUCUAAACCA